CUAAAAAAUUCUACUUGUGCUGUUCUUCACCGGAAGUUUAAGAGUUAGACUUGCUAGUUGGGAGUGGCUUAUAUUGAAGCCUUCCCUACUCUGGAGAAGACGUACUCCAAAGCCAGCGACUCCCGCCUUUUCUAGGCUGAAGUUGGCCACCGGGCCUCAGGCCGAGGAAACGAAACAGGUUUAAGACUUCGUCGGAACCCUAGACUCAGUUCGUCGCUGCUCUUCCGCCAUGGGCCCAAUCCCUAACUACGACCAGCAUGCACAACGCCUUAUAGAGCCAGACCUAUCUGUGCAAACGCGAUUGCAAAUGGUCAUGGAAGUAAGGGACUCUCUGGAGAUUGCGCACACUUCCGAAUACCUCAAUUUCCUCAAGUGCUACUUCCGCGCCUUUUCGAUGAUCCUUACGCAGAUCACCACACCUCAAAUGACGGAGAACGUCGAACACAAGCUUCGCAACGUGGUGGUGGAGAUCCUGAACCGGCUCCCACACAGCGAAGUCCUUCGCCCCUUUGUACAGGAUCUUCUCAAGCUGUCUCUCCAGGUCCUCACCCAGGAUAACGAAGACAACGCCCUCAUCUCCAUCCGCAUCAUUUUCGACCUUCUUCGCAACUUCAGACCCACUGUUGAGUCUGAGGUCCAGCCUUUCAUUGACUUCGUCUGCGCCAUCUACCAAAGCUUCCCGUCUACUGUUAGGUACUUCUUUGAACAACCCCAUUCCAGCACCACAGCGGCCUCCAACGCAGCUGCUGCCGCCAAUGCCGGAAGCAGCAGCCUCAUUGGUGGAGGUGGCCCUGGAGCGGAAGACGGGACUGCCCUACUCGAUGCUUCGCAGGCGUCGGUUCCCUAUGUUGGCGCUGGACAGCUUAAUCCGAGUACUCGGUCCUUUAAGAUCGUGACUGAGAGCCCGCUUGUGGUAAUGUUCAUGUUUCAGCUUUAUAGCAAGCUUGUGCAGACCAAUAUCCCUUGCCUUCUGCCUCUUAUGGUUUCAGCCAUCUCGAUACCAGGGCCUGAAAAGGUCCCUCCUCACCUGAAGACGCAAUUUGUUGAGCUCAAGGGUGCCCAGGUCAAGACACUUUCAUUCUUGACCUACCUGUUGAGGUCCUUUGCUGAUUAUAUAAGGAGUCACGAAGAAAGCAUCUGCAAGAGUAUUGUGAAUUUACUCGUGACAUGCCCUGAUUCAGUUUCCAUCAGAAAAGAGUUACUGAUAGCCUUGAAGCAUGUUCUAACUACAGACCUCAAAAGAGGCCUUUUUCCUUUGAUCGACACACUUCUUGAGGAGAGAGUUUUGAUUGGGACAGGCCGAGUUUGCAUUGAGACGUUAAGGCCAUUAGCUUAUAGCCUUCUUGCAGAGAUUGUGCAUUACGUUCGGAAUGAGCUUUCACUAUCACAGUUGUCCUGUAUUAUCUACUUGUUCUCAAGGAACAUGCACGAUUCAUCCUUGACCAUUGUUGUACAUACAACCUGUGCUCGUCUGAUGUUGAAUCUGGUGGAGCCUAUAUAUGAGAAAGGCGUUGACCAACAAACUAUGGAUGAUGCUCGUGUUCUACUGGGCCGCAUUUUGGAUGCUUUUGUAGGAAAAUUUGGCACUUUGAAGCGCAUUGUUCCUCAGCUAGUAGAAGAAGGCGAGGAAGGCAAAGAGCGCUCCAUCUUAAGGUUGAAACUUGAAGUUCCAAUGCAGGUAACCAUGAGUUCUUCCUGAUACUUUGAAAA